AUGUCUAAACCUGUGGUUAUCGGACUGACCCUUAAUCCCUACAUCUCAAACAAAUUUUUGAAAAUCGGUAAAGAACUGGUUAACCUUGUCAAAAAGAAUCCAUCACCCCUCUACCGUCAAUCCAAUCCUGACGCCACAACUGUAGCAGCCACCUCCGGAAAAUUUGAAUUUACAAGCUCUAAUAAACUUUGUGCUGCAAAUUCAAAUACACACCAGCAGCGGGAUGCCACAACCGGCGGAUUCUUACUCUUCAGGAUGACAUUUGCAUCCCAUUCGAUACCUAAGUUUCGCCCUGUGGCAUUUAACUUGACAGACUUUGGGGCUGUGGAUGAUGGGGUCAUUAUCAACACGGAGGCAUUGAGCGGGCAAUGA